CAUCACAUUUGGUCACACUUCAAAAUUGUAAUAACUUUUCAACUUUAUUUAUUCGACUCGGUUGUUACAAACAAAAAAUGGGAAUGUUUGGCCCCCUUCCCUGGCUCAGUUUAGUUACGCUAAUACUGAUGACUGGACCCCAAUUGGACUUAGUUCUGGCCUAUGAGAAGGAAAUGACGGUGUAUGUGGAUGCCGGUAAAAUCGAGUGCCUUUAUCAUAGCGUGAAGCAGGGCGAAACAAUUGAUUUCGAGUAUCAGGUAAUCGAUGGCGGUCAUGGAGAUUUGGAUAUCAGUUUUGCCUUAAUGGAUCCCGUUGGCCUGCUCAUUGUGAGUGACUAUAAGAAGCCGGAGAACAUCCAUCGGCACACCGUGGAGAAGGAGGGGGACUAUCGUUUCUGUUUCGACAAUAGUUUUAGUAUGUUCAACCGAAAGACUGUGUUCUUUGAACUGAUAGUGGAACGCGAAGGUGAGCCAAAUCAUGGUGAUCAGCAGUGGAACGAGGUGGACGAAAUGGCCGGCCUCUCGCCCGAUGAGUACUACGACAUGAAAGUCCAGGAUAUUAUGGACUUCACUGGACGCAUUCGAUUGCAAUUGACCAAGGCACGUCAAAUGCAGGAUAUGCUGCGUUCCCACGAGGCGCGCGAUCGCAACUUAGCGGAAGCGAAUUUCCAAAAGGUCAACAAUUGGUCACUCAUCCAAAUAAGUGCCAUGGUCGGUGUUGGUUUCAUACAGGUUUUCAUGCUGCGCAGCAUUUUCAGUACCAAUGGACGCAUGUAUUUGCUGUGGCGUAAAUUGGGAAUUUGAUGCCGAUGCGGAUCAUGACAAUGCUUGUUAUGGGAACCAUGCCCAGUGAGUGAGAUGAGUUGAGAUGAGUUUUUCCUUGUACACCAAAGAUGUAGAUGUGGCCAGAAUGGCAAAAGACGCGCCCAAUUAGCCCAAAUGCUUGCCAUUAUCAGUUUCAGUUUAGUUAACUAGAUCAUUUAUCUAUAUAUACACAAACUUUAUAUUUCAUAAAAGAUAAGAGCGUGUGUGCAUGUGUGUGUGUAUGUGUGGUUGAAUGUGUGCAUGAGUGUGUGUAUGUGUGUGUGUGCGGAAUGCUCAUUGUUAAAAAUCAAAGCAAUUGUAAUUCUUACAAAUUUAUUAAGUAAAUUUAUUAUCAUAAAUAAAAGAGCAAAAAAAUUAGCAGAAGU